AUGGGUGUCCUCCACCUCGCCAAUCCCGCCACAUACAUCUCCGACUCUCGACCCCGUCUCAUAACCACAUCCAUGAUCUCCGAACCCCUGAGUCCUGAUCUUGACCCAGACUUCGGCGAUGGAGCCCUCCCUACCACCGUCCUCCCCGCUCUAGAGUACAUCUCCAACAAGCUUGGCGCUUGCACUCAUCUCACCUUCCUCGUCGGUUGUAGCACACCUCUGCCAAUCGCCCAUCAGUCCGAGCUCACGCUCGCCCCUAUUGCUCCAUUAGAUCAGCAGAUAUGGAGGACACUCCACCGCAUUGUCCAAAAGGCUACAAGGAAAUUCUCUCUCGGUCCUGCCUGGUCCAAUGCCCUCCAGCGCAGCCAACAGCGCCAGUCCCUGAACGAGAACUGCAACGAGUAUCUCAUCCGCCAAUCUAUCUUACAGAACGACGUCCUCUUUAGCCAGGAGGGCCUGACACUCCUGAGCAUCGAUCGCCUCUAUACCAUCAAGUGCAGACUGCAUGCAUACUCACGCGGCCUGGCGCGUGAGAAUGGCAUCCCCGAUCACCUUUACAUAAAAUCCUGCGUUAGGCUGUUGAGGCAGACGGUCGCAGACUACAAAGGACGACAAUUCAGCUUGGCCUUCUUCACCAGGAUCUACAAGGACUUGGCAGUUCCCGAGCAUCUGCUUGUCGAGGUUGCCAACGAGUAUCAGGCCAAGUACGGCCGUGCGGGCAUUGUUCUCCCACAGAAAAAGCCUUCGCCCGCUGCUCCACCCAAGGAACAACAACAAGCACGACCACCUCAAAAGAAGCGGAAGAACGCCGAUGGUAUCAAGAGACUGGCGCCGAGAACUCCAUUGAGCGCAUCGGAUGUCACACCCAUCACGCAAGGUGAGUGGCAAAUGCUGCUCAACAGCCAAGCGCUGCUGCCGAACAGAAAUAAUACGCUUCAGGUUCCUUUUCCCGUGAAGCCGGUGGGCGCGUGA